AGUUCUCCCGGAGAAGUUUUGCCUGUCGCCUGGUCUUUGGGACAGCCUCUCACACAUCAUCUCUAUUAUAGCCAAACCAACUGGGAAACUAACUCACCUGCAAUAUCGCCUACCAAAAUAACUCCCCGCGACUUUGACUACUCUGAUGCCAUCUGACAUGGAAACCCAGCAAAGAUCCGGACACCACUCACUUUGCCACACCUGCCGGAGAACGGAGAGCUGCAGGAUGAAGGUCAAGAAGAUGUGCUCGACCAGCCGUGCGUUGCUCUUUGCGCUGGCUCUCACGCUCUACGUUGUGGAAAUGGCCUCGGCAGAGACGUUGUGUGGGGGAGAGCUGGUGGAUGCGCUGCAGUUUGUCUGCGAAGACAGAGGCUUCUAUUUCAGUAGGCCAAACAGCAGGAAUAGCAAUCAUCGGCGCCCCCAGAACCGUGGGAUUGUAGAGGAGUGUUGUUUCCGUAGCUGUGACCUCAACCUGCUGGAGCAAUACUGUGCCAAACCAGCCAAGUCCGAGAGGGACGUGUCGUCCUCCUCUAUGCAGAGCAUGCCCGUCAUGCCCGUCAUGCCCACACUAAAGCAGGAAGCUGCAAGGAAGCCGCAUGUGAGCAUGAAGUAUCCCAAGCUGGACUAUGAGUUGUGGGAUAAGAACGCGGCCCGGCGACUCCGGAGGGGUGUCCCUGCCAUCCUGAGGGCCAAAAAGUUUCGGAGGCAGGCAGAAAAGAUUAAAGCCAAGGAGCAGGCCAUCUUCCACCGGUCCUUGAUCAGCCUUCCCAGCAAACUGCCCCCGGUGUUGCACACCACGGACAACUUUGUCAACCACAAGUGAGCCCGCUGCCAGCCCUUUUGCACAGACAAGAGUAUGAGGGUGACAAAAAAAGACUAGGGGAUUAUAGCUUUGUCUCUGACGUCAUUUCUGUGGCAGUCCCUCUUUGACCUCCCCUGCCCUGUCCGGGCCCACCAGUCCCUCCCCACUGCUCUUGUCCAGUACGUCUUGAACCCCUGGCCCUUUCCUAAUGCCCCCGAACACCCUUCCACCUAAACCUCAGCCACCCUCCUCUGGCAUACGAACAUGCCUUCACAAUCUUCCUGCCCCCUCUUCGCUCCCCUCCUCUUUCAGUCACCGAUACAAAAGGAACAAACACAAGAGUUGAACAGAACUCUAACAAUUCAGCUGAAUGCAAUUCAGGUGGAUCCCCGAGCAAAAAGAGAAGUAAAAAGCAAGGGGAGGGAGAAGGAAGAUGAAAGAGAUCUCUGUUUGCAAGUGUCAAGAGGACACCUAUCAUAAUGGGUUUUUUUCCUUUUCUUAUCCCGGUGGAAGACAACUGAAAGUGAAGAACGACUUGCAUGAAAGAAUCCAUUCCACAUCAUUUUUUUAUUUUUCCUGAGGCAAAAGAAAACCUCUCUUAGUUCUUUUUUUCUCUAUUAGUUUGCACCUCUACCUAUAAAGGGACUUCCACACUGUAAGGAAUUAUUUUGCAAAAUUAGAUUCCUGUUCCAGCACCUUUUUUGAUCACAAACAAAAAGCAGAAAAGUGUCUGCAGAAUUGCACAUUGCCACGGAUUACGUCAAAGUAAAGAAAAAAAAGGCACUAUUUUUUUAUGAACAAUGAACGUGUAGCUUAAAAAAUAAAUGUCAUGGUGCUAGCUUUGGGAAUGGACUCAAAGAAGAGGUUGAAAGCAUGUUUUUGUUUUCCUUUUUUUGAAUGAAUAUUAAACUUUCCGUUUUAAGGAAAGUGUGACUUUAAAAUAAAGAAAGGAAAAUAAAGGAUAUGGGGGAGCUCCUGGCAGUGGCGCUGUCAAAAAGGGGGGAAGAGUCACUGAGGAAAAAAAACGGGCUGUGUUGGCAUCUCGGCUCAUGGCGAGUUCUAGUGGCUGCUCAUUAUUAGUUCGCCAGCAUUAGCAGCAUGGAGAGGUGGCCCCAGACUCGGUUCUUGGUUCUCCUGUCCCUCUGACGCUGCUGGACAACAUGGAGCACAACCUUGGACACACGUGGGACACCUUGGACCCUCUGGACUAUAGCUGUGAGACAGUACUUCCUGUUUGCCAUGCUUUUGCAGACUGCUUCCACAGGAACUGACACGGCAUGGACAAAGAACAAAGUGGGAUGAUAAUAAUAAUGGUUAUAUUUUAUUUUGUCUUUUUUCAUAUCAAUGUCUCAUUGAAAAAAAAAAAGGAAAACCCUGUUCAGUUUCUGGUACCGUGACAUUCCUGUUUUUCCAAGUUAGGCAUUUUAAAUUUUUUUGGUUUGUUUUCAUGGUUAUUGUUAUUAUAUCAUUUUACAGUUUAAAAGAAAGGCACAAAAUGUUAAUUCAAAGGGAAAAAAACAGCAAUAUUGUCAACUAACAUUUUUAUUUUAUAUCAGUAGUAUUCACCUGCUUUUGCCUGAAAACAAAUACUUGAAAAUACAGUAUAUAUAUCUAUGUAUGUAUAAAUGCAUAUAAGGAUAUAUAUAGAUAUAUAAAUAGAAAUAUAAUUAGUUUCCAGGGAUGUUAUUUUCCUUUUAGUCUGAGCUGUAUCUUGCAUAAUGAGCCGCCAAGCUUUUGUGUUUCUUUUUUUUGUUUGUUGAAAUACAAAUAAGGGCACUGUAUAAAGGCAUUAUUUAUUUUGUUAUAAAAUAUAUUUGAAGAAAAUUGGUCCAAAUAAUAUACGUAGCACUGAUGCUCAACUGACAGAUUUAUUUUGUAUGAUCUCUGUUUUUCCAAUUGGAGUUGUAAGGCUUUUUUGUAGAUGCUUUGUACCAAAAAUAAUGUCAUUUUCUUUUUUUUUUUUCCUCAUUUUGAAGUAGUUACCAUAAAUUAAUUUUUUUUUUUUUAACAGCAGCAUAUAGCGUGGAUUGAUUUAGGCGUAACGUUUCACAGAAAUAGGCACAUAUACUCUUAAAUAGGACGGUCGGCAUGGAUUUCCAGAAGCGUCAGUGUGGGAACUUCUUCCUUUUUCCCCCCGAUUAUUGGUUAAUGUUGAUUGUAAAUCAAACCCACUAUGUUUUUGAAGCCACUUUAGUAUUGAUGACCAGAUGUAAUUAAAUGGGAAAGACAUCCAAUGAUCUUGUGAGGACCGUCUUUUUGGUUUAACUUACAUGUGACUCAGACAAGUCAUUGUAUUGAUGCCCUGAUGAUGUCACGGUAAUGAAAGCAACAAACGAGUGUGAACUAGAGGACACUGUCUGUCAAAUAGAAAUUCUCUGUCUGUCUGUCUGUCUAUGUCAUUUUCUCCAUGGCGUUGGAACGUGUUGGGUUACAUUCACUCCUCAUAAUCCCACUAAUGCAUCCAUUAUGCAUUCGAUGAAGGGCUAUCACUCUGAAGCAUUCCUGAUGCAUUCAGGCUAAGAUGUUGAGUUGCUGCUGAGUUAAAGUAAUAAUCUCCUUCUUGUUGCUACCCUUAUCUGGUCAUGAUGCCGUUUUCCUCUGUUGACAAACCACUGACAGGGGCCACGUUAGUAACAAAAAUAAGUAAACGAACAUAUAUUUGUGCCACGAUAGUUUUCACCUCCUCUCCUCGUCUGGGUCAAACGGCCCGCCUUGGAAUUGAGACUAAAUGGAUGCUCGCCAUAAAGUACUGUGGCGUAGAGUGGAGAGAACACUUUACGUCUUAUUUCUGUUUGAGAGAUCUGAGUGUCUGAUUAUAUUUUACUUCAGUUGUGCAACAAAAGCAGGCAGUGCAAUUAUAAUAAAUGUUAUAUUAUUAUUAUAUUUUAUAUUUUUCCUGCUAGGACUGCAUUCAUUCACUAUUGUAAUGUUCAAACAGGCUACUCUAGUGUUGUUAUGAAUGGCGUGAAAGACAACCACUUCUUCUUUUCGCUGAAUAUGAAGAGAUGACUCACAGAGCGAAGGCAACAUUUGUCUGUCAGUAGCUCAUUCAAGCCUGUGUAUUUUAUUGAUUUAAUCUCUGCACGCUAGAUCGUCCGAAAUGCACAAUUCAUGUACUUUCAUUUUUAAUAUCAAUAAAAAAAACAUUUUAUCAAACAUA